GUCUCCAAACAAAGUCCUGAAGUCUAUUGUAUUGGUAUCUCAAUUUUAAUGAUACUGAUCUUUACCAGCUUGUGCAAUGUUUGGGCAUCUUUGUUGACACAAGACUUGCAAGAAAUGAGAGCAGCAUAUAAAAGUGAGAAAAGUCUGCAGCAGAUCAGUUCUGGUCAAAGAUGGCCAAGCUCAUUUUGCUUACCGGUCUGGCCCUCCUGCUGAACGCCCAGAUAGGCUCUGCCUAUGUGCUGUCAUGCUAUUUCACCAACUGGGCUCAAUACAGGCCUGGCCUGGGAAAAUACAUGCCAGACAACAUCGACCCAUGCCUCUGUGACCAUCUGAUCUACGCCUUUGCUGGGAUGUCCAACAAUGAGAUCACAACCAUUGAAUGGAAUGAUGAGACCCUCUACAAAUCCUUCAAUGGACUGAAAAAUCAGAAUGGAAAUCUCAAGACCCUCCUGGCAAUUGGAGGAUGGAAUUUUGGGACAGCCAAGUUCUCCACAAUGGUUUCCACUCCUGAGAACCGCCAGACCUUCAUCAACUCCGUCAUCAAAUUCCUGCGCCAGUACCAAUUUGAUGGGCUGGACAUUGACUGGGAAUACCCUGGAUCAAGGGGCAGCUCUUCUCAGGACAAAGCUCUCUUCACCGUCCUGGUUCAGGAAAUGCUGGCUGCCUUUGAGCAGGAAGCCAAGCAGGUGAACAAGCCCCGUCUCAUGAUCACGGCUGCUGUUGCUGCAGGACUUUCCAACAUUCAGGCUGGCUACCAGAUUGCUGAGCUCGGAAAGUACUUGGACUACUUUCAUGUGAUGACUUAUGACUUCCAUGGCUCAUGGGAUACACAAACAGGGGAGAACAGCCCUAUAUACCAAGGCCCAAGUGACACUGGUGACAAUAUCUAUUUCAAUGUUGAUUAUACUAUGAAUUACUGGAAAAGCAAUGGUGCCCCAGCUGAGAAACUAGUUGUGGGAUUCCCAACCUACGGAAACAACUUCAGACUGCAAAACCCAUCUAAUCAUGGUCUCGGAGCUCCGACUUCAGGACCAGGACCUGCUGGACCUUACACUCAGGAGGCUGGGACGCUGGCUUACUAUGAGAUCUGCACAUUACUGAAUUCUGGAGGCACACAAGUUUGGGAUGCUCCCCAGGAUGUGCCCUAUGCCUACAAGAGCAGCGAAUGGGUUGGCUAUGACAACAUCAAGAGCUUCAACAUCAAGGUUGACUGGCUGAAGAAGAACAACUACGGCGGUGCUAUUGUUUGGGCCCUUGAUAUGGAUGACUUCACUGGCACUUUCUGUAAACAGGGCAGAUAUCCCCUGAUUACCACCCUGAAGAACGCUCUUGGUCUUCAAGGCCGCAGCUGUGUGCCCACAACGCCCAGUCCUACCACCACCGCAGUUCUCUGUAAUACGCAAGGAAGUGAAAGCGGGAGUGAGAGUGGCAGCUCCGGCAGCAAUCCCGACAGCUCAGGUGGGAGUGGAUUCUGUGCUGGCAAGGCCAACGGCAUCUACGCAGAUCCAACCAACAAGAGCAAAUUCUACAACUGCAGUAAUGGCGAAACCUUCACGCAGUCGUGCCAGGCCGGUCUCGUCUUUGAUUCCAGCUGCUCCUGCUGCAACUGGGCAUGA